AUGAGUGACCGACAGGUGGAAGAGCUCACUUUGAAGAUCGGUGAGCUUGAGAUCUCGGUGAGACGCCGAAGCAACACCUCUUCUGAAGAGGUCACAGCCAGUUCUUCCCUUGCUGGCCCUCGGGCCGCUGCCGCAGUUCCUGCUGCAGCUGAGGAGCGGCGUGAGGCCUCUCCUACAGUCUCCAGUGCUUGGAGCGUUGUUGACGGACCUCGAGCUUGGUCCCCGGAGUGGAAGAGGGCUUUGCUGGAGGCUUCAACCGCGUCGGAGAUUCUGGCGGUGGACCUUCAGUGUGUGGAACACCUCCAGCGAUACCUUUCAGCUGAGGUCACAGGUUGGACUUCGCUUGCUAGACUGGGGCGAGCGCUCCGUGCCGGACUAGCAGCUCGGAACAAGCUGGACGGGGCGGGCACCUUUGAGCGCUCUCCCGACAUCGGUUUGAGUAACAGGAUCUACGUGGUUUUGCGGGGUGCUCCUGGUGCGGCUGGCAGAAGCCUACGUGCUGGGAGCUCAGGCGCUAUGGCCGCCGGAGCGGGAGGACUAGCCCAAGCCGAUGUGGAGGCCCGUGUAGCAGAAGUACGGGCGAAAGGGCUGAUCCCAGCCUUGCAGUUUUCCGCCAUUGCAGAGGAUGGCACAAUUUUGUGGAAAUCUCAGGCCUAUGUUGUCCGGUACAGAGCCGGCGAUUUCAUGUUUUUGGUGCCCGGCGAGGCCGAGGUGGUGGAGUUCUUCGAGAUAGCCGGACCCUUCGACUUCUACGCUUAUCACCAGACUACAGUUCAGGUGGAGACAGCUCGUGGCCGGGCAUUAGGGUCGGUGGAUGCCGUGUUGGUCGACUGUCCCUGGGCGGCCCUGCCGUUUUUCCGGAAGAUGACCGCUUUGGCAAUGAUGAAGUUUGUUUACGACGGGGUGACCUGUCGUCCUUCCAGAGAAGGGACAUUGUUUGCAGCCGAGGCCUGGAUUGCAGAGAAUAUGGACGGAGAAGCUGCAGACGAGUAUGUCUCUUGCGAAGAGGCUUUUGUUGCAGGCGAAGCUGCUGGCGACGGAGAAGAACUGGGGCAAGUGCAUUCGGUGGAGCAGCUUCAGGCGCAUAUUCAGGACCUGGAAUUGCAGCUGGCCGCACUGACUCAGCACCAGAUCGGCUCCGCUCCAGCCAGACCAUUGCAGCAGGCGCAAGGGUUGCUGGGGGCUGUUCCCAAAGCUCCAGGGGUGCCUGCUCAAACAAUGGAGAGACUGCGAAACUUGGCGGGCGCGGGUCCUACGCGUCUAGGUGGACACGAGAAGCGAGAUUGGGCAUUGGAGCUCAUACAAAACGGGGCCGAUGUCUUCGAAACCCUCCAGCAGGAGCUGGAAGCGGGAGACGGAGACGAACUAGCCCGGAUGACAGCAGAUGCUAUCCAUGCGGCCCUCAGCAGCGGGAACGAUCCCAGCAGCAGCUCCUCAAGCGGCAUCAAAGGGUGCCUUGCGCGGGAGGCGUUCUUGAAGAUUAGCGACAACUUGGUCUCCAUUGCCCAGGGGGUGGAAACAAACGCUCUUAUGGAAUUGGGCCUGAGCUCAGCACAACUGUCUCCUGGACUUCUCCGGGAUUAUCUGGAGAAGAGGGUCCCUCUUGGGUCUUUCCGUCUGCUGACGCAGAUGGGCUUCAUGAUGGCUUCGGCCUACGAGACCGGGCAGCGCACUGGAAACCGAGAGCUGGCAGGCUUUGGGGCGAAGGGUCUGGAACAGACCGCACUGGACGAAGGCAAAACGAGCCUGUCGUGGCUUUUGACAGGCUUGCCGGAGCCAAAUUUUCCUUAG